AUGGCUCCAUCGUCCGUUUCGGAAGACGAGCGCUAUAGGACCUCAACACAAUAUCGACUCUGGUCCUUCACGCCUACCUCUCUACUCGAGCUCCGCACGACUACCAACCGCAACGCAGCAAAUCGCGUACGGGAUGCUGUACGACGCGUACGAGAAGCGCGCGCUGCUACGUCAUCUGGAAAUACGAGCGAGGCAGAUGGAGGAAACAGUAGAGCCGUGAGCGCGGUGCCAGAGGGGGAGGUGGAUUGCUUGAGCGUGGAGGAGGAAUUGAAGCUCGUAACACAUUUUUGUCGGCAGACGUUACAGCUUGGGGAUCAUUUGCAGGUGCCUACAGAUGUCAAGGCGACAGCAGUCCAAUAUAUAAAACGUUUCUAUAUUACGAAUUCUUGCAUGACCUACGACCCCAAGACCCUCCUUAAAACUGCCCUCUUUUUCGCCACAAAGACAGAAAACCAUUACUUCCGUCUCACCAAAUUCGCAGAAGCCAUCACUGCUACGAAACCGGAAGAGAUCCUGGCCUCCGAAUUCCUACUCACGCAAGGCCUACGCUUUACAUUCGAUGUACGGCAUCCCUUUCGUGCUCUGGAAGGAGCGGUGAUGGAGCUACAAGCUAUGGCGAACGGCCAAACCCCAAGCGUCGGAGAUAAGCUGCGGGGUAUGAGCAGGAGGGUUAAAGAAGCACAUGGGAAGGCCAGGGAGUAUCUGAAGACGAGUGCGCUCUUAACGGAUGUAUAUUUCCACUACACUCCCUCUCAGAUCAUGAUGGCUUCCCUUCUCAUCGCGGAUCGACAACUCAUAUCCCUAUACCUCGGCUCGAAAUUACCUCCUGGCUCCGCGAACUCCGCGAUAUCUGCAAAACUCAUGGAAGCUCUAGACAAAUGCGCAGAGAUGUUGCAGAGUAUGGAUCCGGGGAAUGAGCAGAGCAUUGCGGAGAAGAAGGAACUAGGCGCACUGGCGAAGAAACUUAGGAAGUGUCGGAACCCAGAAAAAAUCGACUUGGUGAGCUUGCAAAGGGCGAAAAGGGAAGGGGAUGGGGAGGAUGACGAGAGGGUUGUCAAGAAGCGGAAACUGGAACGGGAACAGUCUGCGAAGGAGGGACAUGAUCUCUUUGGCCCGACUAUCCAGAAGUAA